GCCGAGCCUUCUCCGCAGACACUAGCGGCAUUCAGGUCGCUGGCCGCUGCUGUGCGCACGUCCCGCGCGCUCCGUUCAAAAACUUUGUAUCAAAACCGUUUUUUGCGCUUAUUCAUCCACAGCCAGCCUUUCGCGGUUAGCACUAAAAAACGUAUUCCAACUGACUCGUUGCUUUCCUUUGUCCGGUCGAAAAAUUAUUUUAUUGGUGGAUGACGUUGAGCACGGUGCCGGUGAUAACGGAAAGUGAUGUGAAAUGUGUUGUGUUUACGUCGCGAUGUGUGUGUAGUGGAUUGCUUUGUUUACCAUGGGGUACGCUUCGAGCGGGGCCGGGCGGGCGGCGCACGAGGCGCUGCUGGCCCGCCAGGAUGCGGAGCUGAGGCUGAUGGAAGCCAUGAAGAGGAGCCUCCAGGCCAAGAUGAAGAGCGACCGGGAGUACGCCUUAGCCCUCUCCGCAGCGGCCGCGCAGGGUCAAAAGAUGGACAAGUGCGAGGAGCUUAAUGGAUCAGUGAUAGCUUCGGCUUGGCGCACCAUGACGGAGGAGUGGGAGAACACCAGUCGCCUCAUCAAGGCCAACGCCGAGGCCCUUGAGUCCCGGGCCUUGGAUCGACUCACCACACUCAUGACUGAGAGGCGGAAAGCCAGAAAAGCGUACCAGGAGGAUCACAGCAAAAUAUCUUCUCAAUUCUCACAGUUAUCAGAGGAGGUGACGAGGAAACAGAGCGAGUACCAGAAGUGUCUGGAGUCGUACAAGCAGAUGAGGACCAAGUUCGAGGAGAACUACCUUAAAUGUAAGUGUCCCACGGGCCGCGGAGGGAGGAAGCUAGACGAGACCAGGGACAAGUACGGCAAAGCUUGCCGGAGGCUGCACAGGGCUCACAACGAGUACGUGCUGCUGCUGGCUGAAGCGACGGAGUGCGAGCGAGCACUGCGGACGGCGGCGUUGCCGGCCUUGCUGGAUCAGCAGCGACGGCAGGGCGAAGCCACCGCUACCUCAUGGAAAGGCAUCUUACUAGAAGUAAUACAAAGGACGGACUUCAGCUCUGACAAGUUCAGGGAAAUUCAGAACAAAAUAGAAACCAACGUCCAGCACCUCAGGCCGCAGGACGAAUACAAAGAAUUCAUAGAAAAGUACAAGUCACCUCCCUCAACGCCAAUUUCAUUCACAUUUGAUGAAAGUCUAGUCGAAGAUACGAGUGGAAAGUUGCAGCCAAACCAACUUACUGUGGACAACCUAACAGUGGAAUGGCUCAAAGAGAAGCUGAUAGAGUUGGAGACCACUCUUUCGGAGAACAGGGAAAAGCAAACUGCGCUUCAGGGUCCAGAAAUCAUAGGGAAUGGAGUCUGCAAAAACAAUAACACUGGUUUGACGAAUGGCGUCAAUGGGAUUGAUAGGCAUUCCCCGCCGCCGAUUCCCGUCACAACGCCAGAGCCGAUGAAGUUACUGGAACUGCGUGUCUCGGAGAGGAAAUGCGCGAAACAGGCGGAGAUGAUCAGAGCGGCGUUGGCUGAGUUGGGCUGUGAGGAGGCGCCCAGCGGCUGCCCGGACUUGUCCGCGGAGACUGUCGGCGUGGACAGUCUGGACGGGAGCUCCCCGGACCAUCAGGAGCGUUCAUCGAUCGGCUCCAAAGCGUCCAUGGACGCGCUGCGGUUACACCUCCACUCGAUAAUACCCCCGAGGCCGUUCUUCAAACUGUUUACUCGUCCGUUCCGCCGCAAGUCAGUGCCUUCCAGCCCGGCCCUACCACCGAAGACCUAUCGCAGCAGCAGCGAAGGCCCGGCAGACUCGGUGAACGGGAGCGAGACAGAGCGCUCAUUGGUGGAGCAGGAGUGGUUCCACGGUGUGCUGCCUCGCGAGGAGGUGGUGCGGCUGCUGCGGGCUGACGGGGACUACCUGGUGCGGGAGACCACGAGGAACCACGCGCGCCAGCUCGUCCUGUCAGUAUGCUGGGGCCAGCACAAACACUUCAUCGUACAAACAACGCCAGAGGGUCACUAUCGGUUCGAGGGCGCGGCGUUCCCGUCGGUGGCGGAGCUGAUAGCGUGGCAGCGCACCAGCGAGGUGCCCGUGACGGCCCGCAGCGGAGCCCUGCUGCGCCGCGCCGUGCCGCGCGAGACCUGGGAGCUCAACAACGACGACGUCCAGCUACUGGACAAGAUUGGCAGGGGCAACUUCGGCGACGUAUACAAAGCGCGCCUCAAAACGACCGGCCAAGAGGUAGCAGUGAAGACGUGCCGGAUGGCACUCCCGGAGGAGCAGAAGCGCACGUUCCUGCAGGAGGGCCGCAUUCUCAAGCAGUACCAGCAUCCCAACAUCGUGCGGCUCAUCGGCAUCGCCGUGCAGAAGCAACCUAUCAUGAUCGUCAUGGAGCUCGUGCCAGGAGGCUCUCUGCUGACGUUCCUGCGCACGCGCGCGGGCAACCUGUCGCCGCGCGCGCUGCUGGCGAUGUGCCGCGACGCGGCCGCCGGCAUGCGCUACCUCGAGUCUAAGAACUGCAUCCAUCGCGAUCUAGCCGCUCGCAACUGCCUCGUGGGAGACGAUAAUAUCGUCAAGAUAUCCGACUUCGGCAUGUCGAGGGAGGAGGAGGAGUAUAUUGUGUCGGGAGGCAUGAAGCAGAUUCCCAUCAAGUGGACUGCGCCGGAGGCACUCAAUUUUGGAAAAUACACUUCAUUGUGUGACGUAUGGAGCUAUGGAGUGCUGAUGUGGGAGAUCUUCUCCAAAGGGGACACGCCGUACGCUGGGAUGAGCAACUCUCGCGCCAGAGAGAAGAUAGAUACGGGUUAUCGAAUGCCCGCUCCCGAAGGCUGUUCCGAAGACGUCUACGCGCUGAUGCUGCGUUGUUGGGAGUACGAGCCGGAGAAACGACCGCAUUUCCACCAAAUAUACACCCUUAUCGACAACAUAUACAAUAGAUGAAAUGUCCCAAAUUUUCUACUGGCUGGGUUAAAUUAUACCGACUGCGCCAUAAGACUAUAAACUGCGCCUAUACUAAAAGCGGUUUCAAAGAUAAUAGUCCUACCGACCGCGCCAUAAUAUGAACCAAAAGCGCCAAUUAAAUAUGUUAAAGUUUUUUUCAAGGCUAAUGAGAUAUUUUGUAUUCAAUUUUGGUGCUCUGAAAGAAAGAGACAUGACAGCAGUACAGGUAAUUUUGUAUUGUCCGCCAAAUGGAUAUUUUAUGUAGCUAUGAAAAAUGCAAUGAAUUAAAUUCGAUAGUUAAGCAUGCUAAAAGCAUAUGUACAGAGACGGUUCUGGAGCGUUAUAUUUAUAGACAUAUCGCGGAUAGUGUUUUGUAUGCACGUAUGUUUAAAAUGAUAAUAAUAUUAAGUCGAUUAAUAGAUAACGGAACUUCUCAAUCUCAAUUGAAUUUCGAUACGUGAUAAUUAUGAUACUUUAUUAUAUUUUAUAUUAUUAUUUUUUGAUAUUUUGUAAACUGUAUUGGUACGUAACACAUGUAUGUAUUGCAUAAGAAUAAUUGUAUAUUUAUUGUUUGAGAAAGUCUAGAAUAUCUAACGUUGAUUUGAUCUCUAGAGUCAGCUGGUGUAUUGAAGUAAUCGAUUUUAAGAUAUUAUAAAUCCAUGAAUUGUUAAUGUGUGUAGUUCUAUUAAUAUUUUAAGUUUAUUUUACAAGUACAAUAUAUAGUAUUUCUUUUGUGUUUUAGUAUUAUUACUUACUCGUAUUAUUAUGCUUAAAUAAUGUUUAAUUAAUUUAGUUUUAAAUAUACAAAUACUUUUAAAUCAUAACGCAUGAGAAUUAGUUUUGACGAACCAAUUUAUAUUAAGUGUACUGUAAUCCAUUUUAUUUUUUGUUUUUAUUUCAGAAUUUGUUAUUAAAUAUUUUUAUUGAAUGGAAUUUUUGGCAAUAAGAGUUUGUGAUAAUAAUAGAUGUGCUUCCAUGUGUAUCAACGAUGAGCUUCCAUAAUAAGUAGGCUAUAAAAUAAAAUAUUAAUGUUUAUAUCUUGCCUAGUUUAUGCGUGGUAUAGUUGUAUUGGUGAAUGUAACACAAAGUGAGAUAUACUAAAGGUUAUCGAAUGUUCAGAUAUUAUGUUAAGUAAAAUGAUUGUAAAUAUUUUUUACGUACUUCUACAUAUUCAAUAAAGUGCCAGAUAUUUUUGAUUCAGUAA